AAAUUUACUGUGUUUUCUAAUUUUAACGUUGAGGAAUAAUUUUCAGAGUAAAGUUUGACAAAAGUCUAGUGAAUUUUGAUGACAUAUUUCUUCUUUGUGCAAUCUAAGAUCAUUCCAGUAACAAGUGUCUCUAAUCUAUAACAAUAUUUAACAUAGAAUAGUCGAAUCGUCGAAAAUGGCAAAAUGGACGAUUAUGCAUAUUACAAUAAUCACGCUUCAGAUUCAUUACUAUUUCGCAUAUGAACAAACUAAUGAAAGUUAUGGUGGUGAAAACCAGUCAGCUGCUGCAAUAACAAAAAACAAGUACCAGUCGUUUGUAAGGCAUAACGCAAGCAACAUCAUCGCAAUAAAUGCAUCGCGAGUUACAUCAGACCUAAGAGAUACAAACAUAUAUACGAAUAUUAACAGCGAACCUUCUAAACUGCUUCAGCAGCAUAGUAGGAGAGAUUCUGACUAUCGAAAUACCCUGAAAGCCAAUUUAAAUAAUGGAACUUUGAAUAUCAAUUCUUCGGUUGAAUAUUCGGUAACUACAUCAAGUCCCUUGAAUGAAACAAAUGUCCGUUAUAUCGGUGAAUUGACAGAUACUACAUCAAAACUUGAAGGAAAGCCGAUAGUUAACAAUCAACAGGAUAAAAAAGUAAUGGAAUUGAACGAACACGAUUCCAAGAAAAAAUAUUAUGAACGAUUCCACAAGGCAUUUACAAGUCAGAGCAACUAUUUCGACGCUUCAAAAAUCGACCUAUCUGAAAAUAGGAAUAUUUCGAGCAAUUCUGAGAGUCUAUUUCAUUUAUUUACGGAACUAUACGAUCAUUAUUUAUGGAACAUAACAGCAUACAAAUAUAAACUGAGCUACGAUUGUGCUGUUGACAUGGAUAUUUACUUGCAGCAGCUGAGACGCCAGGAAAACUGGGCUUUAAAAGUGAGCGAUUCCUCAGGACGAUACGCAGGAUUAUCUUUUUUUGGCAACGAUUUCUGGCUAGGCUCAAAGUCUUUUUGCGAAGAGAUAAAUUACGUUAACUCUAAAGAGCUUCGACUGGAGAAUGGACAAGCUGUAGAGAUGAGUUUUUUUGUGGCGUCAAUAAAAAUUUUGAUAUAUCAAAUUUCUGCAGAGCCCAAAAUUUUGCAACUAGGUCAAUGUCUUCCAAAAAAUUGUACCAAAAGAGAUGUGUAUAAUAUUUUAAUCGAAGACCCAAUUUCUAAGAGAAUCUUGAAUGAUAAUAUGUGCAAUGGCAUAAAUUCAACUCAUAUCCAACACAAGUGUAAUGAAAUAAAUAUAUUUGAGCUUCGUACCGUACCUGGAGAAUACAGCUUAUUUAAUGAUACCAGAUUCUUUCUAGUCAGAGUAGUCAUCUAA